AUGGCGUCUAAUAGUCUUUUCAGUUCUGUGACUCCAUGUCAGCAAAACUUCUUCUGGGAUCCCAGCACAAGCCGGAGGUUCAGUCCGCCGUCCAGUAGUCUACAGCCGGUCCCCGGGAAAAUGAACGAUGUGAGCUCCGCUACUGCGCAACAAGAGGGGAAUUCAACAGUACCAAGACUGCGGCCACACGAUAACCGAACGAUGGUUGAAAUCAUCGCGGAUCACCCUGCAGAGCUGGUUCGGACUGACAGUCCAAAUUUCCUAUGCUCCGUUCUGCCAUCUCACUGGAGGUGUAACAAAACUUUACCAGUUGCUUUCAAGGUUGUUGCAUUAGGAGAUGUGCCUGAUGGGACGGUUGUCACCGUGAUGGCAGGGAAUGACGAAAACUACUCUGCGGAGCUCCGGAAUGCCUCUGCAGUCAUGAAGAACCAAGUCGCUCGUUUUAAUGACCUGAGAUUCGUCGGCAGGAGCGGACGAGGAAAAAGCUUCACACUGACAAUCACAGUAUUCACAAACCCACCCCAAGUGGCUACUUACCACCGAGCCAUAAAGGUCACCGUGGAUGGGCCACGAGAGCCAAGAAGACACAGACAGAAGCUGGAAGAUUCCCCAAAACCAGGCCUGUUCUCUGAGCGCCUAAGUGAAUUAGAACGCCUCAGACAGACCACAAUGAGGGUUGCCGUGCCAACACAGAGCCCCCGCCCAUCCCUUAACAGUGCUUCAAACUCUUUCAACCCGCAGGGACAAACUCAAAUCUCAGAUCCCCGGCAGGCGCAGUCAUCUCCUCCCUGGUCGUAUGAACAGCCCUACACUCCUUACCUGAGCCAGAUGCCGUCCCCAUCAAUCCACUCCACCACUCCGCUCUCCUCCACCCGAGCUACGGGUCUCCCAGCCAUCAGCGAUGUGCCAAGACGCCUCUCAGGUACACACAUCCACACCCAGAUAGCCUCAGGUACAUCUGAUCUGAGCCCAUUCUCUGCUGAUCCUCGCCAGUUUGAACGGCAGUUUGCGGGCCUUUCCUCUCUCACUGAGAGUCGUUUCUCCAGUCCUAGAAUGCACUACCCAGCCACGUUCACUUACACACCCACACCGGUGACUUCGGGAAUGUCUCUCGGCAUGUCCACCACGACCCACUAUCACACCUACCUGCCUCCACCCUAUCCUGGCUCCACCCAAAACCAAAGUGGGCCCUUCCAGACCAGCAGCACUCCUUAUCUUUACUAUGGUGCUUCGUCCGGGUCGUACCAAUUUUCCAUGGUACCCGGGGGUGAUAGAUCGCCCACCAGAAUGCUGCCACCGUGCACUAGUGCCUCCACUGGCAGCUCUCUCAUUAACCCCAACCUACCCAAUCAGACGGAGGGGACGGAGGCAGACGGCAGCCACAGCAGCUCCCCUACAGUGCUUAACUCCAGUGGACGACUGGAUGAAGCUGUAUGGCGACCAUAUUAA